UUUACAAUUGUUUCGAUUAAUUAAAAAAGAAUAAUAAGAAUAAUCUUUGAAAAGAUAUUUUUAAAUUUUUUUUUUCUUUUGUCCCAAAAACAAAAAAAUUCAUUGUUAAUACUAUAAUUGUAAAUCCACACGAGGACACAUUUAUUGAUACAAAGAAAUGUCUCCUUAAAAGUGAACUAUAAUCAAAAAUACCAAUACUCCCUUUUAAAGAUUGAAAAUUGCAGAUCAUCGUUAAAAAACAUAUAUAUAUUAAUCGUGUUUUCUUUUAAAAUGGAAAUUUAUAACAAAUUAAUGGCAAAAGUAGAAGGAGCUAUAAACGAUUUAAACAGUAAAAAUAGGUCUGCUGAAGAAGAAAAUGAGGGUCCGUUAGAAUCAGUUUGCUUAUUAUUUCCUACUUAUGCUACUAGGAAUCCUGACGGAAAGUCUACUACCGAUGAUUGGAAUAUUCGUGUUCGUGGUUGGGCAUUCUCUGCACCAAAAAAAAGUAAAACGCGUAGUCUAUUCUUAGGAUUAACGGCGUUGGCAUUUCAAAAAGAUGAUGAAAGAUUUCAAUUUCUUGAAUCACGUACAUCAUAUUUCUGGGCAAAUAAUGUUAGUCAAGGAGAAUUUACUGUACAAGUAGAAGGCUUGACUGAUUCCAACAAAAUGUCCAUUGAAGGUGAUCCUAAUGAUGAAGGUCCAUUAACAACCACCGUUGAACCUCAUGGAGAAGGUUCUACGACCACAACAGCAACUGUGAAUGUACCUGACUUAAAUAAAGUAUUAAAUCAAGCAGGGAAGAUUAUUAACCCACAAACUCAUCCAGAAAGUGAAAUUACUCGUGUAACAAUUACUCCAAAAUCAGGUCAUUUCCAUGGUAGUUUGGCAAUUCCGAAACAAACUAUUCAUAAAUGGAUUGGGGAAGAAAAUAAUGAAAAUGUUGUUACUGGACUUAUUAAUAAUAUUAUUGGAAAUAAAGAUAAAAAUAGAGUUAGAUUAUUAAAAGUUAGAGUUUUUAGAGAUGGUAUUGAUCCUCAUUAUGGUGUUGUGAAUCUAAUUGAACCUGAAGGAGUUUCCAUUAUUUCCGAUAUUGAUGAUACAAUCAAAGAUACAAAUAUUCUCCGAGGUGCAAAAAGAGUUUUAUCCAACACAUUUUUGCAUCCUUUCAAAGAUGUUCCAGGAAUGGCCGACCUCUAUCGUAAAUUUUAUGAAAAAGGAGCAUCAGUUCAUUAUGUAUCUAACUCACCAUGGCAAUUAUUUCCAUCUUUAAGAAGUUUCUUUCAAACCUAUAAUUUCCCUCCCGGUUCGGCACAUUUUAAAUUUUAUGAUGGUUUAAUUAAAAGUGCUUAUGAACAAAAAGAAAAUCCUAUGGCUAGUAAAUUCAUGUACAUUAGAGAGUUACUCAAAGAUUUUCCUAAUCGUAAAUUUAUUCUUAUUGGAGAUACCGGCGAACUCGAUCCGGAAAUAUAUACAACUAUUGCAAGAGAAAAUCCUGGAAGAAUUCUUCGUAUAUAUGUUCGAGAUUGUACAACAGAACAUGUAAAGGAUUUGCCACCAGAAAAACCAAAACAUUCAUAUACUCGAACCUUUCCAACAAUUUAUAAUUAUCUCCGUAAUUACUAUGCUGGUGAUGAAGAAGAAAUAAAGAAUGAAACACCAGAGGAAAAGAAAGCUGAAGAUGCGGCAACCCAGGUUAUUGCACAGCAAGCAGCUGCAGCUACUUCAGGAGAAGUAACAACAGAUCCCAGGGAUCCUCAUAAACCUGUACGACAGUCAAGUUUAACCAAUCGAUUAUUAGAUAAACUUCACGUAGAUGUUUCAUAUUUAUAUGGUACUGCUAUGGAUUCACCUGAUUCUAUUGAUAGCGAU